AUGGCUAACCCUCCACAAAGGCCAGCUAUAAGCCUUGCAGUCAGAGUCAAUCUUCAGUCAGUUGAUGCGACGCUCAGACCUACACCACCGCAGGCUCUAGAUGUUCUUUCAAACUUCCGCGGGACAUUUAUUGGAAAUGGUUUCAAUACAAUAUGGCGCCCCAGUAGUGGGAGCAAUACGUUCCCGAACCCAGUUCCGGCAGGUGGAAACAACAAGCCAGAUCCAGUAUUUCCAAAUGAGAGCAUCUUGGAGCUCAAUCUCACUACAGAAGAGAUAACUUUCACCGACAACCUGGGCAGUAUACCUAACCGUGGACUCAAGGAGCAAAAAGACCUUAUACUCAGCGGCGUGUCCUACCUGCAAGUUGUCCGCGAUGUAACAAAUCCCAAAUCUGGCAGAGCCGACGAUACACCUCGCGACAUUCACUUCGAACCAGGAUUGUGGAUAAAAGUACCAGCUGACAACAACAAUGCUGAAUCGCUUGCACGCAUGGCGUCUAUUCCUCAUGGCACCACUAUUAACGCCCAGUGUCUAGCACCUACCACGAGAAUCCAAAAUGGAAACCCUGCAGUUAAUGACAUUGUGGAUAUUACGCCGUUCCCAAUUGCCAGACCCAACGGCCGGCUUAAUAACCAGUUUCCAGCUAUGAAUGUCACCAACAUGAACACCUCACGACUACCACAAGAUCUUAACCCAUUCGUCACGAAUGGGACUAUUACGCAGGCAAUUUUGAACAAUCCGAAUACUGUGCUUGUGAACGCCAAUGGGGGAAAAACAAUCGUGAGCAUGGUCACUUUCGAAGUAUCCACUGCUCCUUCUUCUGCAAAACAAAGCGAUAGCGACGGAAUUUCCAAUAUCGCAUACCUUGAGGGCAAGUCCUUGGAUCCGCCCAGUAGGUCGACUGCAGUUCAAAAUGCCGAUGCAGCCUCAAUGACGGCCAGAUUCUGGAUCUCGGAUGUGCAGUGCGACAUUGUCGUGCCACCAUUCAGGGCGGGAGAAAAUAUACGAAUUCAGCCCAAUGAUAAUGUGGCAGAUCCAAGACCAACUUUUACCGUCGACACGUCUAUCAGUAAUGCAGAUGCUAGGACAAUUCAAGCAACCUUUAAACAGAUCCAGUAUUCCCAGGUUGUAAAUCUUGAUUUCGACGGAUUAACCUGGCCGCAUGUCUCAGUGGCCACGCUAGUCCCAGCAGCAGAUAUACCAGUUAGCCUAUUGCACUAA